AUGUAUUCUAGCCAGUUCCCACUCUUAUUCAUCUGCAUUGGUAUAUGUGUUUGGAUUGAGAAAUCACAAUCCGAUGAGUUUGAAAACCUUGACGUACUGAUGAACGAGCAUCUUCGUCCGGAUGAGCCUCAAAUACCUACAUCAGGCCCGGUUCAUUUUAAUGCGUUCGGGCAGCGCGAUUUCGACCUUGACCAUGAAGUUGUUCUGGGUUCGUUUGAACAAACACAAUACUUCAAGCAGCUUGAACCGGAAGAGGCGAAGACGCGUUUGGGUCAGUUAUUCGAAAAAAUGGAUGCCAAUCAAAACGGAAACCUGGAUAAAAACGAGCUCAUCGACUGGAUUGUACAGUCAUUCACUAACCUAGACUUGGAGUCCGCAAAAAUCAAACUGAACGACUACGACGCAGAUCAGGAUGGGACACUUACAUGGGAGGAAUACACAACUAGAGUAUACGGAUAUUCUAGCACAGAACUGGAGCAACUGGCCAAGGACUCUUCGAACGAAACUCAAGCAUUUUUGAGGUCUAUCGAAGAAGAGAAGAUCAAGUUUAAAUCGGCAGAUCUGGAUCAGAACGGUCACUUGAAUGCGACGGAGUUCACAGCGUUCGAGCAUCCCCACAACUAUCCCCAUAUGGCGCCAUAUGAAAUAAUUCACACGCUGAGAGACUUUGACACAGACAAUGACGGCUUCAUAAGUCAGCAGGAGUACUUAGCCGACGACAAAAUGCACAGGGAAGCGUUCAAAAUCGAGUUGGAGAACUUUAAAAGAUACGACACCAACGGCGAUGGACGGUUGGACCAAGAGGAGAUGAAACAUUGGGUUACUCCAGGAUUCCAGCGAACAGCUACUGAAGAAGCUGAACAUCUAUUCAGUGAGACGGACGCGAAUGGAGAUAAGGAACUUAGCAAAGAGGAAGUUUUGGCUCAACAUGAGUUAUGGGUCGGAAGUCAGGCGACUGAUUAUGGAAGGCAUUUGGAACAUAGCAUCAGAGACGAAUUGUAAACAAUAUUUGUCUUUGAAAACACUAGUACUUACGAC